GAAAAAUCAGCUUUAAUGUAGCGCUGCAGAUGGAUCCUUCACCCGCUGGCUGCUGUUCCAACGUGGAUAUGAACCAACUCAAAGCAGUUGAAAUCUUUUCUGGGGUACAGAUUGGACUGAAAUGUGGAGCUGUGGCCAGCCCAGGUGCCAGAGGCAGGGAAAAUCCCUGUGGAAAUUGCAGCUGUAGGAGUGAAAAUGAUAAUAAUGCCAGUGAAGCUGCCCACCAGCACCAGCGAGGGUGGAAAUGGGAACAGGCAAGGAAACCUUCUGUGGGCUGGACUGGAUGAGCUUUUCCUUUUUCACCUGUAAAAAAAGCAGGACUUAGAUGGCAAAGCAACUCCAUGGAAACUUCAGGGCAGGGCCUUUGAACGGCGCUUUAAGCCUAGCACUGUUUAAUGCUAAUCCUGUAACUUUAUAUAGAUGGGUGGUUUUUUUUCCCCCUUUACACAAAGGGGAAGGGGCUCAGUUCUUCUGAGGGUUGGGUUUUCUGUUCCCUGAGCAGCAGAGCUGCGAGCCCAGCUCUGUCUCUCUGGCAUUUCCAUCUGAAUCCACCUGAAGGGGGUGAGCUUUUGGGGAAGAAAGAGGCUUCUCUCCCUCUCCAGGCCAGAAUUUGAUCUCCAGAUUAGCCUGCUGGUUAUCAACAGAGGAACAACAGUUGUGAUUGCAACUCAACACUGCUUCAGCCCUGGAAGAGCAUUGAGGAAAACGGAGUUUUCAACUGGGAGAGCAAAGGACUGAGCCAUCGUUUCAGUCAUCAGCAAUAAUUGGCAUGGCAGGACGGGCAUGCAUUCUCCACUGACAUAGGAUUUCACCCUGCCCUACCAAGACUGGUCUAAAAUUUCAGACUUGAUUGCUCCUCUAGCCUACAAACAGGAUGAACAGGAGAUCAUUUCUGGGAGCCUGGGUGGCCCUUUUGGUGAUAACAGCACAGCAGCAAGCUCACACCAUGGCAAGCCUGUAUCCAUACUGGCAGAACGACACCAAAACCCCCAAAGUCGAUGAUGGCAGCUCCCCUGAAAUCAAGAUCUCUGUGCCAUUCAUCUUUUUUGGAGCCCCAUACAGAAGCAUUUAUGUCAACAACAACGGCGUGAUCUCCUUCAACGCCCUGGUCAGCCAGUUCACGCCCGAGGCCUUCCCGCUGACCGACGGCCGCGCCUUCGUGGCGCCCUUCUGGGCCGACGUGCACAACGGCAUCCGCGGCGAGAUCUACUACCGCGAGAGCGCGGAGCCGGAGCUGCUCCGCAGGGCCUCCAGGGACAUCCGCCGCCACUUCAGGGACAUGGCCUCCUUCUCUGCCCUCUGGCUCUUCAUCGUCACCUGGGAGGAGGUGACCUUCUACGGGGGAAGCAGCACCACACCCGUGAACACGUUCCAGGCUGUCCUGAUCACAGACGGGGUGUCAUCCUUUGCCUUGUUUAACUACCACGAAAUCAGCUGGACCACGGGCACAGCCAGCGGAGGGGAUCCCCUCACUGGUCUCGGCGGGGUGAUGGCUCAGGCUGGCUUCAAUGGUGGAAAUCUCACCAACUUUUUCAGCAUCCCAGGCUCCAGAACUCCAGACAUUGUCAAUAUUGAGGAAACAACCAACGUGAACGUCCCUGGGCGUUGGGCUUUCAAAAUCGAUGGCAGAGAAAUAGACCCGGCCAACGGCUGCAGCCUGAGAGGACAGUUUCUCCGCCAAGGGGAGAUCUUUUGGGACAACGCCAACUGCACCACCAAGUGCCGCUGCCUGGACUUCAACAAUGAGAUCCUCUGCCAGGACAUGGCUUGUGGCCCCUUCGAGGCGUGUGAGACGAAGACCAAAUUCUUCCAGUGCGUGCCGGUGGAGAGCAGCACCUGCGUGGUGUUCGGAGAUCCACAUUACCACACCUUCGACGGCUUCCUCUUUCACUUCCAGGGUUCCUGCUCCUACCUCCUCGCCAGGCAGUGCUGGCCAGGCUCCCAGCUGCCCUACUUCAACGUGGAGGCCAAGAAUGAGAACCGAGGCGGCUCCUCCGUCUCCUGGCUGAGGGAUAUUUAUGUGGAGGUCUACUCACACAAGAUUGUUCUCCCCAAGGGCGGCUUUGGGAAGGCAAAGGUGGAUGACCUGGUGGUGUCCCUGCCCAUCUCCUUGGAACUGGGCGCGAUCAAGGUCUACCAAAGCGGGCUGUCCACUGCCCUGGAGACUGACUUUGGCCUGCUGGUGACCUACGAUGGGCAGCACUACGCCUCCGUGUCCGUGCCGGGCUCGUACAUCAACGCCACGUGCGGGCUGUGCGGCAAUUACAACAAAGACCCCGAGGACGACGUCCUGCGCUCGGACGGGACGGCGGCCACGUCCGUGCCCGAGCUGGGCGAGAGCUGGCGGGUGCCACAUCCCGAGCGCAGGUGCUCCACGGGCUGCCUGGAGAACUGCAGCCUCUGCGACCCCGCCACCGAGGCGCUGUAUUUCACCCCCGAGUACUGCGGCUUCAUCAACAAGAGCGGGGGGCCCCUCUGGGAGUGUGGCUCUGUCGUGGAUCCCACUGCCUUCAUCCACAGCUGUGUCUACGACCUCUGCAGCGCCAAGGACAAUGGCACCGGGCUGUGCCAGGCCAUCCAGGCGUAUGCCACCGUGUGCCAGGCCCUGGGCAUCUCAGUGGGAGAGUGGAGGAGCCAGACGGGAUGCGCGGCGGCCGUGCAGUGCCCGGAGCUCAGCCAGUACUCGGUGUGUGCCAGCAGCUGCCCUGCCACCUGCUCAGACCUCACGGCCCCGCUGGCCUGCGCCUCCCCCUGCACCGAGAGCUGCGAGUGCCCCGAGGGCCACGUCCUCAGCGCCGACCGCUGCGUCCCCGUGCGGGGCUGCGGCUGUGACGUGAACGGCCGCUACUACACCGCCGGGGAGACCUUCUGGGCAGCACCAGACUGCACCGUGCAGUGCCACUGCGAGGCUGGCGGGGAGGCCAGGUGCUUCAACACCACCUGCCCCGAGGGAGAGAUCUGCACCAUCGAGAACGGCUACCGGGGGUGCUACCCAAAGCGGGAGACCGUGUGUUUGGUGGGGCAGGAGCAGGUGCUGCGGACCUUUGAUGGCAUCACCUUCCCCUACCCGCUGGAACAGUCCUACACACUGCUCAAGACCUGCCCAGAGAGGCCAGACUUCAUUGAGGUGGACAUCAACCAGAAGAAGGUCGGCUCUGCUCCCAACGGGCCACGCGUCGUGCGGGUCCAGGCAGCCGGCCAAGAGGUGAAGAUUGGAGGCACCAGGCUGUCAGACAUUAAGGUGAAUGGUUAUGACGUGGAGCUGCCCUAUUUCCACCCCUCUGGGCGCCUGGAAAUCUACCGGACUGACAACAGCACCGUGAUGGAGUCCGAGGGGCUCCUGGCCAUCAGCUACUACGACUCCGGCCUCCUGGAGAUCCGCCUCUCCACCUCCUACUUCAACUGCACCAGGGGCCUCUGCGGCCUCUUCAACGACAACGCCACCGACGAGUUCUGCCUGCCCAAGGGCAAGUUCACAGACAACCUGGAGCUCUUCCUGGAGAGCUGGACCACCUUCGACGAGAUCUGCAACGGCGAGUGCGGGGACCUGCUCAUGGCUUGCAACAACGACUCGGAGCUGCUCAAGUCCUACAGGAGCCGCUCCAGCUGCGGCAUCAUCAACGACCCCACCAACAGCUCCUUCCUGGAGUGUCACAGCGUGGUCAACGUCUCGGCCUACUACAGGACGUGCCUCUUCCGCCUGUGCCAGAGCGGGGGCAACGUGUCGGAGCUGUGUGACUCGGUGGCACGCUACGCCAGCGCCUGCAAGAACGCCGACGUGGACAUCGGCCAGUGGAGGAGCCACAGCUUCUGCCCUCUGUCCUGCCCGGAGAACAGCCACUUUGAGGAGUGCAUGAGCUGCGUGGAGACCUGCGAGAGCCUGGCCUCGGGCCCCGUGUGCCGGGACACCUGCUCGGAGGGCUGCCAGUGCGACGAGGGCUUCGCCCUGCGCGGCACCCGCUGCAUCCCCCGCCGCGAGUGCGGCUGCAACUUCGAGGGCCGCCAGCUGGCCACCAACCAGACCUUCUGGAUGGACAUCUCCUGCCACUUCCUGUGCUACUGCAACGGCUCGGACAACAGCGUGUACUGCGAGAACGUGUCCUGCAAGGACGACGAGUAUUGCCUGGAGGAGAACGGCCUCUACUACUGCCACGUCCGCACCGAUGCCUCCUGCAUCAUCUCGGGCUAUGGGCACUACCUGACUUUUGAUGGCUACUCCUUCGACUUCCAGAGCAGCUGUGAGCUGGUGCUGUGCACCACCAUCUCCCGGCCCAGGGUGGAGCGCUCGGACACGUUCCCGGCGUUCACUGUCACAGCCAAGAACGAGGACCGGGACACCUCUCUGGCCCUGUGGGUGAAGCAGGUGGAAGUGGAGGUUUUUAAUUACAAGAUUGUCAUCCACCGUGCCUACAAAUACACUGUGCUGAUCAACGACGAGCGCCUCUACCUGCCCCUGAAGCUGGGCCAGGGCAAAGUGAACAUCUUCGCCUUCGGCUUUCACAUCGUGGUGGAGACCGACUUCGGGCUGAAGGUGGUGUACGACUGGAAGACCUUCCUGUCUGUCACCAUCCCACGGGGCUUCCAGAACCUCACCUACGGCCUCUGCGGCCGCUACAACGGCAACCCCGAGGACGACCUGGUGGCCGCAGGGGGCACGCCGGCCACCAGCAUCGGUGACUUUGUGCAGAGCUGGGCCAAGCGAGACGCCUUCUGCCGCGUGGGCUGCGGCGACCGCUGCCCGGCCUGCGGCAAGGUGGAAGGGUUCUGGAAGCCCCAGCAGCUCUGCAGCCUCAUCCCCAGCCAAAGUGGUGUUUUUGCCAAGUGCCACAGCAAGAUCAAUCCCGGUUUCUUCUACAAGAACUGCCUCUUUGACACCUGCGUGGAUGGGGGGGCCAUGCAGACAGCCUGCAGCUGGCUGCAGAACUAUGCCAGCACGUGCCAGACCCAGGGCAUUGCCAUCACUGGCUGGAGGAACUUCACCUCGUGCUCUGUCAGCUGUCCCCCCAACAGCCACUACGAGAGCUGCGUGUCCCUGUGCCAGCCCCGGUGUGCUGCCAUCCGGCUGAAGAGCGACUGCAGCCACUACUGCGUGGAGGGCUGCCAGUGUGACCCUGGCUAUGUCCUCAAUGGCAAGAGCUGCAUCCUGCCCCACAACUGUGGCUGCUACUCUGACGGCAAAUACUACGAGCCCAAGCAGCUCUUCUGGAGCGGGGACUGCACGCGGCGGUGCCGCUGCUUUCGGCGCAACCUGAUCCAGUGCGACCCGCGGCACUGCAAGUCAGACGAGGAGUGCGCGCUGCGCAACGGCGUCCGCGGCUGCUUCAGCACCCGCAGCUCCUUCUGCCUGGCGGCCGGCGGCGGCGUCUUCCGCACCUUCGACGGCGCCUUCCUCCGCUUCCCCGCCAACUGCGCCUUCGUCCUCUCCACCAUCUGCCAGAAGCUGCCCGACUUCUCCUUCCAGCUCAUCAUCAACUUCGACAAGUGGUCCUCGCCCAACCUCACAAUCAUCUCCCCCGUGUACUUCUACAUCAACGAGGAGCAGAUCCUCAUCAGUGACAGGAAUACUGUCAAGGUGAACGGAAGCCUCGUGAGCAUCCCCUUCGUCACGGGGCUGUCCACCAAGAUCUUCAGCCAGGAGGGCUUUCUGGUCAUUGACUCCAGCCCCGACAUCCAGAUCCGCUACAACGGCUUCAAUGUCAUCAAAAUCACCAUCGGGGAGCGGCUGCAGAACAAGGUGUGCGGCCUCUGCGGCAACUUCAACGGCGACCGCACCGACGACUACGCCACGCUGCGGGGCAAGCCGGCCGUCAGCAGCGUGGUGCUGGCACAGAGCUGGAAAACCAACGGCAUGCAGAAGAGCUGCAACGAGCUGCAGUAUUCGCAAUACGCCGCCUCCUGCGACAACGUCCAGAUCCAGGAGCUGCAGAGUGACAGCUACUGCCUGAAGCUGACCGACAUGAAAGGCUUCUUCCAGCCCUGCUACGGCCUCCUGGACCCGCUGCCAUUUUACGAGUCCUGCUUUUUGGAUGGCUGCUACAACCACAAGAAGGUGCAGCUGUGUGGCUCGCUGGCUGCCUACGGAGAGGCCUGCAGGACCUUCGGCAUCCUGGGCACCGAGUGGAUCGAGAAGGAGAAUUGCUCAGGAGUGGUGGAAGAUCCCUGCGUGGGCGCCGACUGCCCCAACCGCACCUGCGAGCUGGACAACGGCGGGGAGCUGUGCGGCUGCAUCGAGCCCCCGCCCUAUGGGAACACCACUCAUGACAUCAUUGAUGCUGAGGUGACCUGCAAAGCUGCCCAAAUGGAGGUGUCCAUUUCGAAGUGCAAGCUGUUCCAGCUGGGCUUUGAGCGUGAGGGCGUGCGGGUCAACGACCGCCACUGCCCUGGCAUUGAAGGGGAAGACUUCAUCUCCUUCCAGAUCAACAACACCAAAGGCAACUGUGGCAACUUGGUGCAGUCCAACAGCACUCACAUCGUGUACAAGAACACGGUGUGGAUCGAGAGUGCCAACAACACGGGCAACAUCAUCACCCGGGACAGGACCAUCAAUGUGGAGUUUUCCUGUGCCUAUGAGCUGGACAUCAAGAUCUCCCUGGAUUCAGUCGUGCGACCAAUGCUCAGUGUGAUUAACCUGACGGUGCCGACACAGGAAGGGAGCUUCACCACCAAGAUGGCCCUGUACAAGAACUCGUCCUACAAGCACCCGUACCGGCAGGGCGAGGUGGUGCUCACCACCCGGGACGUGCUCUACGUGGGGGUCUUCGUGGUGGGGGCCGACUCCAACCACUUGAUCCUGAUGCUGAACAAGUGCUACGCCACCCCCUCGCGGGACAGCAACGACAAACUGCGCUACUUCAUCAUUGAGGGAGGGUGCCAAAACAUGAAGGACAACACCAUUGGCAUAGAGGAGAACGGGGUGUCCCUGACAUGUCGCUUCCACGUCACCGUCUUCAAGUUCAUCGGGGACUACGACGAGGUUCACCUGCACUGCGCCGUGUCCCUCUGCGACUCCGAGAAAUACUCCUGCAAAAUCAACUGCCCUCAGCACACAAGGAUGGCCAGCGCCUUCGCCGAGGAGUCCAAGGAGCAGAUCCUGUCAGUGGGGCCCAUCCGGAGGAAGCGAUCGGACUGGUGCGAGGACAACGGAGGCUGUGAGCAGAUCUGCACGAGCCAGGCGGACGGGCCUUUGUGCAGCUGUGUGACAGGGACGCUGCAGGGGGACGGCAAGAGCUGCAGGGCCUCCAGCUCUUCGGGGGAGCACCGUGCCCGGGUGGCCCUGCUGCUGGCGGCCCAGCUGUGGCUGCGCUCAGCCCCGUGGCACCUCACCUCGUAGGCGCGGCCCCGCCGCCCUGCCAAAAACUGUUCUCGCGUCAGCCUGAGUCUUUGUAGGGUAGGAGACAGC